AUGGCUGGAGCCAUUGUCACCGCCCCCUUUGACGUCGUAAAGACGCGCCUCCAGAGCGACCUCUUUGCCCGCGUCGCCGACACGUCCACCCGCACCGGCCUCAGGGCCCUCCUGUACAACUUUGUCGACACGGGCAAGAUCCUCCGGUCCGUCCCCCUCGCUCGCUCCUCUCGCCCCCUCCCCCGCCACCUUCCCCUCGCGACUGACGAGCCUUCCUCCCCUUGCAGCGACGUGUACAAGUUCGAGGGCGCAGCAGCACUCUUCAAGGGCCUCGGGCCGACCCUCGCUGGUGCAGUACCCGCACGAUCCAUCAACUUUUUCGUGUACGGCAACGGCAAGGUCCUGUACGCCGACCUGUUCAACCACGGCCAGGAGAACACGGCCGUGCACCUCGCGGCGGCCGCGACCGCAGGCGUCGCGACGGCGGCGGCGACCAACCCGAUAUGGGUCGUCAAGACCGACAUGCAGCUGCGCCAGCAGGAGCACAAGGCGGCCAAGCCCACCUCUUCCUCUUCCUCCUCGCCUCGACGACCGCCACCCCCUCCUCCCGCGCCCAAACCCCACCAGCAAAUCUACCGCGUGCAGGGCGUGCGCGGCUUUUACCGCGGCCUGAGCGCGUCCCUCCUCGGCGUCACAGAGGGCACGAUCCAGUGGUCCCUCUACGAGCAGUUCAAGGUCCUCGCCCGCGUCGACUCGACCCGCCCAGACGACCCCGCCGCCGGUGCGUCGUGGCGCACGAGCGCGGCCGCAGGCUCGGCAAAACUCGUCGCGACCGUCAUCACGUACCCGCACGAGGUGGUGCGCACGCGCCUGCGCCAGCCGAUCCCGCACGGCGGCUCGGCACGGUACACGUCGCUCGCCCAGUCGUUCCGGCGCGUGCUCGCCGAGGAAGGGUGGAGGGCGCUGUACGGCGGCAUGAGCGCCCACUUGCUGCGCGUCAUCCCGAACGCGGCCGCCAUGUUUUACGUGUACGAGACGUGCGUCGGGUUCGUCGCGCGGUCGCAGGCGCUGCGGGUCGUCGAGGAGAACGACCUCGUCGUGCGCGAGUGA